AUGCCAAGUUUGCGAACAUUUGACGCCUUUCCGAAAACUGAGCAGCAGCAUGUCAAGAAGUCCUCUAAAGGUGGGCUUACGUCGAUAGUAAUAUACCUAUUCUUACUAUUUAUUGCAUGGAGCGAGUUUGGUAGUUACUUUGGGGGAUACAUUGAUGAACAGUAUAUAGUAGAUGAUGAAAUAAGGACUACUGCGCAAAUUAAUAUGAAUAUUUAUGUUAAAAUGCCAUGUAAAUACUUGGAGGUGACUGCAAGGGAUCAAACAGGGGACCUCCAGAUUGUAUCUGAAAGGCUUAAUUUUCAAGAUAUACACUUUAGAGUGCCAUAUGGCACCAAGAUGACUGAAUUUAACGACGUGAUAUCACCUGAUUUGGAUGAUAUUUUAGCAGAUGCAAUUCCAGCCCAAUUUACUAGCGAUAUGCCAGAGUUACCUAUGAUUGAAGGUAUUAAUUUUGAUGGUUGCUCUAUUUACGGGUCGGUACCUGUGAACAAAGUUAGUGGUGAGUUGCAGAUAACUGCCAAGGGGUGGACCUAUAUGAGUACUCGCAGAACGCCGUUUAGUGUUCUUAACUUUUCUCAUGUUAUAAACGAACUUUCAUUCGGUGACUUCUUUCCCUAUAUUGAUAAUACUUUAGAUGGUGUUGGCAGGAUAGCAGAUGAACCCCUGAAGGCUUAUUACUACUUUACUUCCGUACUCCCUACGGCAUAUAAAAAAAUGGGAGCGGAAGUGCACACUAACCAAUAUUCUGUUGACGCAAUCGAGAAGUCUUCAAGUUCGCAUGCGUUAGGACCUACUGGAAUUACCAUUUCCUAUAACUUUGAAGCUCUUAAGGUUAUUAUUAAGGAUGAGAGAAUUGGUUUUACGCAAUUUAUUGUGAGGUUAGUUGCAAUACUUUCUUUCGUUGUAUACCUCGCAUCACUAGCAUUUAGAUUUACAGAUUGGACCCUAGUAAACCUUUUGGGUUCCAAGUGGUCACUACGUUAUGAAUCUGAUAAAAGUUAUUCUAAAGGUCUUUUAGAAUGA